UAACGACAAAGUGGCGUAUGCAUCACCCAGUCACUCAGUGACUGUGUUAUUGGUGUCCGUUAUUACGAUUUUUCGUAUCUUUCAACUUAUCGGUCGUGAGUCUAGUUGUGACGUUUCACAAGGUCCCCUGAAGAUAAUUCGCAGCGCUUCAUCGUCAGCCACAUUUUUAUCACAAAGUAACAAAAAUGAAGCCGAAGAAAGAGACGCUCAUCGAGACGCCGCAGAAGAUCACCGUCAUGAACGGCCCAACCAAACAGAACCAAGAAUCAGAAGGCAACGGGUUCCUGCAACACACCACUAAGAAGUUGGAGGCAGACAGUGAUGAGUUGGAGGACACUAAAUGUGGCAUCGGCCCUUGGGCUCCUAGAUGGCUCCAGUGUUUCGCAACGAAGGAAGUAUACAUGGUGUUCUACAGCAUCAUAGGCCUAACGCAGGGGAUGUUCUUCACUUACACCGUCUCCGUUAUUUCUACUAUCGAAAAAAGAUUCAAGCUGUCAAGCAAACAGACAGGAACGAUGCUCUCGGGCAACGACAUCUCGCAAGUCAUCUUCUCGAUCAUCCUCGCUUACUAUGGCAACUACGGCCACCGCCCCAGAUGGAUGGCCAUCGGCGUCCUGUGCUCGGCGCUCUCCUGCUUCCUGGCGGCCAUACCGCACUUCAUCUACGGGCCCGGGUUCGAGGCCAUGCGGGUCAUACAGACGACCUCAUCCUCUCUCAACGGGUCCAGCUUGUUCACCAGUCAACAAAAAGAGGAGCUGUGCCGAGCGGAAGGUGGCGUAGACUCCUGCUCGGAUAUGGACGGGGGAGGAGCUGGAGGAGGAGAGUCCUACGUGGGACCCGUUGUUCUCCUCUUCAUCUCCCAGUUCAUGGUGGGAAUCACCAUCAGCAUAUUCUACACUCUGGGUGUCACUUAUCUCGACGACAACAUUAACAAGAAGAAAACGCCCAUCUAUUACGCUAUCUCACUCAUGAUCAGAAUUCUGGGUCCAGUCUUCGGCUUCUUUUUGGGGAGCAAGUGUCUUUCUAUGUGGAUCGACCCGCAGCAAACGCCAAACUUGACCACGAGUGACCCAAGGUGGUUUGGUGCUUGGUGGUUUGGGUUCUUGUUCCUGGGAGUUGCUCUAACGAUCUUCGGCGCAGUGUUAUUUCUGUUCCCGCGAACUCUCCCCGAAAGCAUCCGGAGACAGCAGAUGAGAGCGGAGAGGCAGGCAGCUAAAGAUGCCGAGGCCGGUGGCAACAAGGGAGUCGAUUUCUUCGCCAAUUUAGCCAAGGCCAAGAGAGCCGAAGCUAAGCCGACCUUGAAAAAUCUACGCAAAGCGAUGAGGCGCCUCUUCACCAACAGGAUCUGGAUGGGAAGUUUGUUCAACUCCGUCGUCUUUCUUCUGGCCGUCGCCGGCUACUACAACUUCAAACCAAAAUACCUCGAGAGUCAGUUCCGGAAGAGCGCCAGUGACUCUAAUUUCUAUACAGGAGUGGCGAGUUUCAUAUCAUCCCUCCUUGGAACAGCGCUGAGUGGAGCCAUCAUGAGAUGGGCCAGACCUGGACCCCGGUUCGUCACUGGCUACAACGUCUUCCUCACACUUUUUGCAAGUGCCACUUUCAUGACACUCAUGUUCAUUGGGUGCCCCAAACUAGAUGUGAUUGGACCUAUGGACGGCUCUGCAGUUCCAGAGUGUUCAUCUGGGUGUGAGUGUUCAGAUAAGUUUGCUCCAGUGUGCGCAGAGGAUAAUGCCACCCUGUAUUAUUCUGCCUGCUAUGCUGGUUGCAAGGCUGUUAACAGCUCGACGAGUCCAGUGGAGUACAGUGACUGCCAGUGUGUUGGAGGUCCCUCAAAUAUCUCCAUGGUAACGGGUUUACUACGCGGCGUCUCGAGGCCUGAUAACGAGGCCGAAGUGGAGAAGUCCUCCUCCUCCUUCUUCGAUGGCUCUGCAGUAAGAGGUUAUUGCCCCGAGCCGUGCGACGCUUUCAAAUAUUACAUCAUUAUUCAGAUAGUGACGAAGACCAUUGCUGCCACGGGGAGGGUGGGCAAUAGUAUAGUGCUGCUUAGGUCCGUCAGCGACGAAGACAAAGGGCUCGCUCUGGGGACGAUGACUGUUUUCAUCAGUCUCUUCGGAUUCAUCCCGGCUCCCAUCAUCAUGGGCGCCAUUGUGGAUUCAGCCUGCAUCGUCUGGGACAAGAACUGCGGAGUUCAGGGAAACUGCUGGCUCUACGAUUCGGACAAAUUCAGAAUCAUCUUGCAUCUUGUUCCCGCUGUACUGGUGUUGAUCUCCGUUUUGGGAGACAUAGUGGUCUAUUACUACAGUCGACAACUCGACUUGUACGGCGAACGAGACGACGAAGUUGAAAUGGAAAAAGCGAGAGCGGAGACGGACGAGUCGAAACCUUUGGAUCAGCACGGCAUCGACCCCGAGCUUCACCAUUCGACCCCAGAGCUGUAAUGGUGGAAAUGAUCGGUACCAAGGGAGGCGUUAUGAGUGAAUGUGUCAGGUAAAGACUAUUCAGGCGUGGGCAGAAAAUGUAGUAUUAAAACACUUUGUCGUUUCCUGCUUGUGGACUCUUGUGAGAUGCAAACGUUCGUAUCAAAAUUAUAGUGCGAUAUGGAGAACAUAGUAUUUUGUGAAAGACAAUGCUUAAGGAAAUACGAGCAGGUUACGGCACGAAAUAUCAUAAAUGCAGUGAUUCAAAUAGAGACAAAAAUGAAUAUAAUUCUCCAGCAGCGGACCUCCUCACCAUAGAUGGCAAUUUCCUCCGUAAAGACAGUUGCUAGGCAAACAGGUGAAGUGAAUUAAUUACCUAUUAACAAACGUAUACGUCUGCGUUGUGAGCCUCAUACUGAGUCUUCAAAUGUUAAUAGUAUAUAAUUAUACAUAACAGGAGAAAAUUAAUACCUAAUAGAGCUGAUGGAAAUCGUAUUAGGAUUUCUCGGCCGUCCUACACUGGUUGUAUUCUAUGUAAAAUAAAUAAUAUUUACAGUGGGUAUUUUGGUUCUGACAGCACCAAGGAAAAACUGGAUAAUAUAAGAACUUUAAGAAACCUGUCGGUAAAAAUCGGUUUGCGAAGGCCCCAUUACAAACCCUUCAUGAAGAGAGUAAACUUAAUGUAAAGAGAGAAAACUCAAGAUUAUCUAAGCUCUACUUUGCCUAAUCAAAUAUUAAUUACCGCGCGCACUAAAUGUCGUCUUCGAAACGUAGAAACAAUCGAACUGUAUCAAGAACCCCAUUUAAAUUAGAAUGGAGACGAACUUUAUGAACACAGGAACCGAGAACGAACCUUUGAAAUGGGUACUAUUAGCCUAUUACCAUUACGGAAUUGGGGAGACGUUUAUUUUCCAUUUAAAAAAAAUUUUUGCCUGAGAAAAGAAAAUUUCCAAAUGUUUUUUUUCGGUUUUCCUUU